GGCGCCGACUGCCAGGAAAUACAGCGCGGCAAAGAAACAGAAAUGUCAGGAUUGAGGCGCUGCUGUUACGGCUUCCCUUCUCGCCACUGCUUCGCUACAGUUCACCAAACCCUAAUCAGUUAUCGAUGCUCCGAUUCCAGGCUUCUCCUUCCCACUACUGCAUCGCCGUUGAAUUCCCGCCACCCCAUUUCCGUUUCCGCGCCAUUGAAGAAACGAAGCUUCUCCGCUCCCGCCGUCGAUUAUCCUCUCUCGGGAUACAGGAGUCGACUGACGUUCUGGUUGGGUAUUUGUCGGGGAAGAAGAAGGCAACUGAAGUGGCUCAUUUGUAGGGUUUGGAGGCGUGUGGUUCAGCCAGGGGAUACAGUGGUAGAUGCCACUUGUGGCAACGGUCAUGACACUCUAGAGAUGGUCAAAAUGGUUGCUGAUGAAUCGGGCAGAGGGCGUGUUUACGGACUGGACAUUCAGAAGGAUGCUUUGGACACUACUUCAUCUUUGCUCAAUGAGAGUCUCAGUCCCACGGAGAGAGAACUUGUCAAGCUUUCCGGUAUCUGCCACAGUAGAAUUGAAGAAAUAGUACCAGAAAAUAGUCCAGUUAGGCUUGUGGCAUUCAACCUGGGCUAUCUUCCAGGGGGCAACAAAAAUAUCAUCACAGUUCCACAAACAACCCGGUUAGCCUUAGAUGCAGCCAAGAGGAUUCUUCUAGCCCCCAGAGGACUCAUCAGUUUAGUUGUUUAUGUAGGGCAUCCUGGUGGAAGGGAAGAAUUGGAGGCUGUUGAAGGUUUUGCUUCAGGAUUACCUGCUGAUGAAUGGAGCUGCUGCAAGUUCCAGAUGUUAAACAGACCUUCAGCUCCUGUAUUGGUUUUCUUGUUCAAGAGAUGACUUGAUGAUUAAGCUGUUAUUCUGCAAUCUUUCUUGUAAACAAAAUGUUUCAGGUUGAUUUUUUAAGGCAAUUUCAAGUCAUGUUGAUCAGCUGCC